CGAACUAGUGCAGCUUCCUCUGCAUAAAACUAGCGACUCUGCCACCGCCAAACCCAAAGGUACUCAAUUUUCUUUCAAGAGCUUCAUUCUUAUUCUUCUUUAGCUAAACCUAAUCGUUAAACCUAAUCCUCAAAUUUUGUUCAACUUGUAUCUAUCGUUCUUCACAUCUCUCUCAAGAGGUAUUGAGGCGAAAGAGUCUGGUUAUAAAUCGAACCAGUUUUGUGAUUGUAGUGGUUGCUUGGAGUUGGAGUUGAUUUUCAAGAGACAAUGCCUCAAGGAGAUUAUAUAGAGCGUUCAAUAAAAGAAAAUGGCCGCCGUUUGGAUUAUGAAGAGCGCAAACGCAAGAAGGCAGCCCGUGAAGUUCACAAGCACUCUCAAAAGGCCCAGAAGACACUGGGUAUUAAGGGUAAGAUUAUUGCCAAGAAAAAUUAUGCUGAAAAGGCACAGAUGAAGAGAACUUUGGCCAUGCAUGAAGAGUCAACAUCUAGGCGCAAGGCUGAUGAUAAUGUUCAAGAAGGAGCUGUUCCUGCAUAUCUUCUGGAUCGUGAAAACACGGCCAGAGCAAAGAUUCUCAGCAACACCAUUAAGCAAAAGAGGAAGGAGAAGGCUGGGAAAUGGGAUGUUCCUCUGCCUAAGGUGCGUCCUGUAGCUGAAGAUGAAAUGUUCAAAGUUGUCCGCACCGGUAAAAGAAAGACCAAGCAAUGGAAGAGGAUGGUUACAAAAGCUACAUUUGUUGGGCCUGGUUUUACCAGAAAACCCCCAAAGUAUGAGCGGUUCAUUCGUCCUACUGGAUUGCGGUUCACUAAAGCUCAUGUCACUCAUCCAGAACUUAAAUGCACAUUCAAUCUAGAAAUUAUUGGAGUGAAGAAAAACCCCAACGGUCCUAUGUAUACCUCUCUUGGUGUCAUCACCAAGGGAUCUAUAAUUGAGGUGAAUGUAAGCGAACUUGGUCUGGUUACACCUGCAGGAAAAGUUGUGUGGGGGAAAUAUGCCCAGGUUACCAACAACCCAGAAAAUGACGGUUGCAUAAAUGCUGUUUUACUUGUUUAAGUUCAGAUUAAGGAUUAGAGGUCAAAACCUGCUCCAUGAUUUUUGUAGUCUCGUAGUUAUGACAGUACCGUCACUUGCAUGUUGGACGAAAGCUGUUCGCAUCAUUCUUGAUACCGAAGUAUUUGUCUGGAAAAAAUGGUGAAGAAUUUUUGUUUGGAUUGAGAUACUUACAUGUUCCUAGUAUACUAUUCUCCUUAUUUGGAUAAUCAAAUGCAAUGAUAAUCACUUCUAGCA